CGCUGGUCGGAGAACGCGUUCAGGUUCUCACUCAGCCCCAGCCAUUACCCGCAACUCUCCAAGUCACCAAUCUGCUGAUCCACAAGGGUUGUGACUGUACCACCAUCAUACCUCGAAAUCAACCCGUAAUACCCUGGAGCGCGGUCUUCAGAUUUGCUGCUGGACAGUCUUGCCAUGGCCCCUCGCCGUCGCAUCUCGUACAUCAUCCCACCACCAACCGACCCUGUCCCGCUCCUCCGACUCCCUCCACCAGGCACACACCACGCCGGCUCCUCGCAGCCCCUUCUCAUCCCAGCAUCCUCAUCGUCGCGCCGACAAGCCAAUGGCCACUCGCCCCACGAGCACGAACACGCUCACCACCACGGCCACCACAGUCACCACCACCACCACCAUCACAACAGCCACAACCACCUGCCAUCCCUCGAAGAUGCCAGCCAAGGAGCGACGGGAACGCGGGGAGCGGGCGGAGACGACCAGGCGGACGUGCAGCACCCGCGUCACCGCCUCGGUGUGAUGGCGCUCGCGCUCGACACGACUACGGCACUCGAGGGAUCCGAUGGACCCGAGGGCAUUCUCUACACAGGCGGACGAGAUGGGAUGGUUGUCGCGUGGGAUCUCGGACUGCCCCUCCGCAAGCGUUCACAGCUCUCGGCGGCACCGUGGACGCUAGACGCGCAGCCGGCGUCGCCGAUCCGGUCUGCUACUACCCACGCGCACGCCGGUGCGAGCGAGCAUGGGGCGAAGAGACGGAGAAAGGACAGGUGGGAGGUGCUCACGGGUAUGGCGGAGGAGGGGGACGGUGUUGAUGAUGGGUCGGAGGAGGAGGACGGGCAUGCGAGGUAUCAGAGUGGGGAUGUGCUCGGGGAUGUCAAGGAGAGCUGGCGCUGGCGUGGGAGGGGUGCCGACGGGACGCACGGGCGGAGGAGGGCGAAGACGAUGGGCGAUCUCAGUAUGAAUGGGGGCGAACUAGAGCGUGCAGGGGAGGAGGGUCAAUGGGAGGAGGACGUCCCUUGGGAGGCGAGGUGGGAGCUGGAUGGGGGACAGCUGCAAGAUGGAACUCCCAGCAGGUUCCGAAUGAGCGCUCAGACACAUACAGACUGGGUGAACGAUAUCGUAUUAUGCAACUACAACCAGACUGUCGUCUCCGCUUCAUCAGACGGCACCGUCAAAGCUUGGAACCCACACUCAUCAACACCCCAGGACCCUGUCACACUUGGCGCCCACGCUGAUUAUGCACGCUGUCUCGCAGUCUGCCGUGAACAAAACUGGGUAGCCUCAGGGUCCUUCGACCGCACCAUCAAACUCUGGGACCUCACGCGAUCCGCGCCUUCGCACUCGGCUCAGUCUCCGACAUCUCCAUCCGCAUCCUCUUCCCCCCGCCACGCUUAUGCGACGUCAACGUCAACAUCCACGUCCACGUCCACACCAACCCCGCUGCUCACGCUCAACCCGCCGGAUGCGUCGUCACCCAAAAGCAGCGUGUAUGCGCUUGGCUGCGACCCGUACGGGCACGUUAUCGCGUCCGGCUCGCCGGAGCGCGUUGUGAGACUAUGGGACCCCCGGAGCGGCAAGCGAACGGGCAAGCUAGUUGGGCAUACGGAUAAUAUUAGGGCGGUGGUGGUUAGCGAGGACGGGCGCUACUUGCUCACUGGUUCAGCGGACGCAUCGAUCAAACUCUGGUCCCUCGCAUCUCAACGGUGCCUGCACACCUUCGCGCACCACGCCGACUCCGUCUGGGCACUGCACAGCACGCACCCCGCGCUCGAGCGCUUCGUCUCAGGCGACAGAUCGGGCAUUGUGUGUCUCGUGGACGUGCGCGCCGCGCAGAGCGACAUGGCCGAGGGCACAGCGUGCGUCGUGUGCAUCGAUGCGGGCGGGUGUCCGCCCCUUGGGAGCGAGGGUGGAGCAAGAGCGGUAUCACCGAGCGGAGGGCAGAGUUUGCUGAGUGGAGGAGGGGGUGUGCAGAUACAGGUGCAGGUGCAGGAGAGCACGGGGAUCAAUGCGCUGCUGAUGCUCGAUGAUGGGCUGUUGUGGACGGCGUCGGGCGGGUCGAGCAGUGUGAAAAGGUGGAGGGUGCCUGUACCUGAUGAGCCUGAAUCCGAGGGCGGGGCGGGUGGGGUGUCGGCGAGGGCGAUGAGUCAUGAAAGGGAGAGGACUGUUACGAGCGGGUCGGCUGGGUUGAGUGGGAGGAAGAGGAGCGGGAGUGGAGGUGUUGUGCAGGGGAUGGGGUAUGGAGAGGAUGAUUGGGAUCCGAGGAACAUUUUGGGAGGCAGUCGCCACCGCUCGCCCUCCCCACAACCGUUCGCGCUAUCCUCACAACCACUGCCCACUCAGCCCUACGCACACGUCCCCCUCACACACCAAAUCCAGCUCGCCUCGCCCAUGGCCACAUCAUCCUCUGCCUUCCUGCACCACACCCACGCUGCGUCGCGUUUCGGGCGCGACAGCGACGUCGCGACGCUCUACAGCGCCGCAAGCGUCGUCAGCGUCCCCGGUACAGGCGUCCAGCGCUCCCUCGGCUUCGGACACGGCCACAUGUACACCGCGCACACGCCGCCCGUAUCCUCGGGCCUUCCGCCCGUGAACGAGCUCAACUCGCGCUCGCCACGACACUCGUUCUCGCCUUCCCUGUUUGCCUCUCAAUCCGGCGCGUUCGAUCUCCUCGGCGGAGGCAUCAACGGCGGAGGCGGGAUGGCAGCGCUGGCGAGCGCCGCGCAGCCGUAUGCCGCGCAGCCGGAUCUGACGAUAGGGGGUAGCGCAGGGCUCGUCCGCGCUGUGUUGCUGAACAACCGCAUGCAUGCGUUGACGGUGGACACGGGCGGCGAGGUUGCGUGCUGGGACGUUGUGCGCGGGACGUGCGUCGGCCGGUGGGCGGUCGCGGAUGUGCGGGCCGCAUGGGCCGCGAAGCAGCAGCACCAGGGUGGCGGCGGUCAGAACGGCGAUAUGACGCAUAUCGCGAGCGAGUCGACGAUUGCGAUUGGGAUGGGCGUGGAGCUGGAGACGAGUCCGCGGGAUGCGCUGGAGGUUGUGAGGGAGCGGAUUGAGGGGGAGGCGAGUGUGCCUGUGUGGGGGAAGAUUGAUACCAAGACGGGCGCGUUGAAUGUGCAUCUUGAGGAUGGCGGACGAUGUUUUGAUGCGGAGGUGUAUGCGGACGAGGCGGGGUAUAGUGGGGCGAAGGGGGAGGAGGUGCGAUACAACAUCGGGAAAUGGGUCCUCCGCAACCUCUUUCUUGGUUUUAUUCGCGAAGAACAGCGUUCCCGCCGAAAACACCGUGAACACGACGCCCCGCGCAGCGCCGGUCCAGCGAGCCCUGCGGCUUCUUCGCUCAGCUUGCAAAUCCCACCAGGUCAACUUGGCCCCCGACGUGUAUCUUCGGAUGCGUCUAUGCAAUCUCAUCUCCAGUCUCCUACCCCUGGCUACGUAUCAGGUGCAGCAACGCCUACGUUCAUGCCAGCACACCAGGCGCACGCACGGUCCGGCCCGAGCGGAUCGGGCACUCUCAGCGGGACUGUGACAACAUCGCCGAAUGCAAGAGCGCCCAUACCCCCAGCCAUUCCACGUCAGUCGAACCGCAUGGCGGGACCGCUGCUCACGCCCAUGAUCCCUAUCGCCGCCCUGAAGGGCGCAGGUCCAGGGAUGGGGCUGACAACGAUCCCCCAGAGUCCGUCGCCGGGCGAGCCGACGCCGACGCCUAUGGGAAUCGCUAUACCACCUAUGACUACGCCCACGGCUGGUGGAGGUCCCGGAACGCCUGGAGCCGCGAUCACGACCGGUGCGAACGCGGUGACAACGAACGCGACUCCGGGACCGGCGGGGGCGCAGCCCGUGACGACGGACUAUUUUUCGACGCGCACGAGAAGACCGAGCACGGCGUCGAAUGGGCUUCCGCCGCUGACGACGAACACGACAGGGGGAUCUGGUGGCAACUCCUCCAGCACCAGCGCGCCUGGCACGAAUCCGACUGCGAACGUGAGCGCAGAUGACUUUUCUGCAUGGGGCGGACCGGGGUCGCCGUCGGCGUCCGGGGGCGGGCAGCCGCCGCAAACGCCUACUACGCCCAGUGCGGGGCUUAGGGGUCUGCUGAAGAAUUUUACGAAGACGGGCAAGAAGGCUGCGGAUGUUCCGCUUCCGUCUGGCUCUGGGGCUGGUGUGGGUAACGGGACGGGUGCGACGGCGCCAGGGUCGCCCGUGGUUGGAAAGGAGAGGGAGAAGGAAGGAGAGGACGCGCCCGAAGUCAAGUCUCCCCUUCAGACCCUGCUCUCUUCUUCGUUCUCCCCGCCCUCGUCGAGUGAGGUGCCGACUCUCCAGCUUCCGCAAGGGCUCUCAGUGCUCAUCUCGGACGAAGUUUACUGCGGAUGGCAAACCGUUUACCGCGGUGCUGUUUCUGGUACAUGGGCGGACGUGUCUACGCUGGAAGAGACGCUGCCUCUCUGGGUGCUCGAGUAUUUGUUGCACAAUCGCAUACACACGCAGCCGGCGGUCAAACUUAGCUUUGUGCUCCUGCCUUGGGCGAGCGGCGAGUCGGGAGAGAAGGCACUCCCGGAGUUGCUGAAUAGUGCUCAAUCGAAGUUGACCGCGAGCAGACUUCUGCGCGUUCGCAAGCUGACACAUCAUGUGCAAGAUAAGCUCGAUAAGCUAUCAGGCAGCAGCGGUACACCUACCUCCGCUACCACCCCCGACUCAAUACCACCGAUGUCGCCAACACCGAGUAUGAUCAGCGUGAAUGCGACGACUAGCGCACGGCAGAACCGCCACAGGGCGGAGGAGAUGUACGAGAUCCUGUGCAACGACAUCGUCCUCCCGCUGGACAUGACGCUCGCGACCGUGCGCCAGUAUUACUGGCGGCAGAUGGGCGAGCUCAUCAUGCACUACCGGCUCAAGGCACGCGAUGCGCGGCCGAGCGUAGACAAUUUGACUGUGUGAUGGUGAGGAGACAUGCGGAAACGAUGGGGCGCCCGCUAUUUAUUGUAUUAUUUGUUAUCACCCCCUGUGUUUGUGUGCAGUGUUAUAGUCAG